GGUGACAGAUUCAUCCCAGUCAGGUCCGCAAUGGAUUUCGAUGUGGCCAAUCUCUUGCUAACAACGCAAGAGAUAAAAAAAGAUAGGUCUUCGUGGUCGGAGUAUUACCAGAAGCUUCUUUCAGAAUGUUUCUUAAACAAUAGGACCCGAAUAUUUGUGUUCAAGAGCAAGCCCCCAGCACCAGUUAAUGAGAUGUUUCAAGAAUACUUGGGUUCUUCUUGUAAGUCUAGAGUAGUGAAGCAGUGGAGGCACAUACCAAAGAAUGCAGAGAGGACAUUAGAUGCCCCAAAUAUGAUAGGUGAUUACUGUCUAAGUUUGCUUGAUUGGGGGAGCAGCAAUGUCCUGGCAGUUGCCCUUGGGAGCACAGUAUAUCUGUUGAAUGCCUCUAAUAGGUAUUGUUCGGAGCUUGUGAGUGUUGGAGAUGAUGGGCCUAUCACUAGUGUCAGCUGGUCUCCAGAUGGGCAG